ACACGCGUUUUUGUUUUUCGAGAUAAUGCGAUCACGUAAUUAUACACAAAUAGAACCGUAUCGUCGCACUGUGCGGCGCAGUCAUUAAUCGCGCGUAAUAAAUUUGUUUGUUUGUUGCGCAUUUUCUCGCAAUUAAAACAAUGGCGAUUGCGGCUUCGGUAAACAGCGACAUUUUCGAAAUUCCACGCCGUGGCAUUCCAUGUUUACGCCGUAUUUAUGCAAAUUGCACUUUUAUGCCUUACUUAACAUGGCCGUCACCUUUUUAAUCAACUACACUAACAAUAAACAACACUUUAAUUGACGUUAGUUAUGAGUUUUGCAUUGAACUUCGUGUGUAGCCACAGUCGCUCGCCUCGAAGCACACGUGCUGCACCGUAUCACCUGCGAGGGUGACUAACGCAAUCUGUAACAAUGCGAUGCAGUCUGUCACAAACACAAACUGUUGACAAUGACAAUGAUACAUGACAUUUUAAUAACGAAAAUAUUCUACAUUGCAUAGUAGUGUAAUGUGUGGACGUGAAGAAAAUGGCGGAAUCUGAAAAUGAGGAACAGCCACCUCCUGAGACUCCUAAGAAAAAAACAAGGAAGCGAAAACGAAAAUGGACGAUACUUUGCGGAAGGCGCAAAAACAGACGUGGGCAGACUUCGUACUUUUAUGCAUCCGUGGCGACAGUGAUGUUUCCUGGUUUUACUGUUGGUACCCUCCUUGGAUGGGAGCACGCAUACAUGUUGAAGAAUGACUCCAACCUCCUCUCGGUACCCUUCCUGCAUAUUGGUGCCAUGUUGGGCGCCAUCAUCGCUUCGAUCGUCAUGGACCGAAAAGGGCGGCAUGUUUGUCUGUGGGCCUUCUUCUGGUUCCUCUACCUGGCUGUGAUCAUUCGCCUUAUUACUAGUAAUCUCUUGGUGACAUGCAUCUUCCGUGUCCUUGCUGGUAUAUCCGUGGGAGCAUAUUACCAAGUGGUACCCAUCUACAUCGCAGAGUUGUCUUACCGGCGCCAUCGUGGUGUUAUCCUGGCCGCGUUGGGAUGUUUAAUUGCAAUUGGAAUCAUCGCCGCCCCCAAUUCCUACACAUUUACGCCUUUGCUUAUCAUUGACAUUCUAUUCGGAGUGGUGUUCUUCAUCAUGAAGUUCUGGUUCGCUCCGGAGACAGCCUACUAUGACUUUGCAAGGGACCACUUCUACGAUGCCAUGUACACCCUGCAUCGAUGUCAUCACGCGGAUCAGUGGGGCAGUGAAAUUCGUGAAAUUAGUCUGGAGGUAUCCGCAUAUCCACGCGACGAGUUGAACUGCCUUUCAUUCGCGUUGCACAUGACCGAUCUGAAUGUAGACUUCCUACAUCGCACCGUCACCAUCUUGGGUAUGCUGCUCCUGUCGCAGGGACUGUUCAUAUCCUGCCACUUGGGCAUCAACCUCUACUUCUUCGCAGACGGCGAAAAAACCGGCGUGUUCUUCAUACAGAUCGUCAUUGUCCUGGUGGCGUUCAUCAUCAAUCUAUUUGUAAUCGACAGGUACGGACGUAAAGUCCUGCUGUUGAUCUCAUCAAUUGGUGUUGCCUUAUUCUAUCUGGUGAUUUUUGCGAUGUACUGUGAUGGUUAUGCUUACCGUGACUCCACUGUCACCAUCAUGCGCCAACUCCUCGUCUUCUUCUUCUAUCUGGGCUGGGACUUUAUCCCAAUUGUGUACAUGAGCGAGUUGAUGCCGUAUUCAAUUCGAGCGCCCUCCGUGUCAUUCUGCUUGUUCUUCUACUUUCUGGCAAAGGCGGUUUUCCCAGUCACAAGCUUCUAUACGCAGCUCUUCCUGCACUACGCCAUACCACCACUGGUGUUCUUUUUCGUGGCGGUGGCGUGCGGAUUCUUCGGCUGGUUCAUUCCGCCAGAAACGAAGCAGAUGAGUUUAUGCGCCAUUCAAAUUAAAAUGGAUCAUGAUGUUACUGUGUUUGAGGACAGGCUCGAGGUCGACUAAUGUAUACUCUUUACAAAUAGUUUAACA